UUACAACUGAAUGAAGGACCACAAAAUACCAAAUCUUUGCCAUUGUCAAUUCGUGAAAAGAUGGUCAAAUUUGUUGGUAGAGGAAUGUAUUACAGAAAAGAAUUGGUAAAAUGGCAUAGGAUCAACGAGGACACAUUUAACAUCUGGGAUUAUGGGGGCCAGGUAAUCUACCAUGGAAUUCAUCGGAUCUUCAUGACAUCAAUGGCAGUUUACAUCGUCGUGUUUAACCUUAACGUCAAUCUGGAUGACAAGGCCAUUGUAAUGGAUUCAUCAGGGCAAAUGCGCAUUCACCACCUGACAAACCUUGAGUUCAUAUUAUAUUGGAUUUUGUCAGCGUACAUUCACAGCCGUGAGUUAAAAGUUGACCUGAAGCUACAGAUUGCAUUACCGGCUAUUGUCCUCGUGGGUACCCACCGAGACUCCCUUGGAUCCACUGAACAGGAAAGGAUAAGCAAGGUAAAGGAAGCGUUCGACAAAAUAGAAAAGGCACUGAUGGGUAAACCAUACGAAAAGCAUGUGUACCCAACAUACUUUGACAUCGAAAAUAAUCGUUCAGAAGUAGAUGGCAAUAUUGCUAAGCUGAAGAAAGUGCUUGAUCAUCUCAUGACAGCAUUGGACAAGCCCAUUCCGUUGAAAUGGAUGCGCUUCCGUAGCGAAAUUCAUAAGUUAAAGGAUACAACAGUAGUCUGUCCUUUAAAAAAGGUGAAAGAAUUGGCUGCCAAGUUUGGAAUAAAUGAGGAAAAUCAACAAAGUGUCCUAUUGAACUUCUUGUAUGACCUUGGCGAAAUCAUAUACAUGCCUGACAACAAGGUUUUACAAGAGUACGUGGUAUUGAAUCCAAUGCAUUUUGUUGAAAUGGUCACAACAGUCAUCACUGUGAAACAACCCAACUUGGAGUCAGCCCUGUAUAAAGACCUCUACAGAAAACUUAACGAGGGUAUAUUAGAGGAGCCGUUGUUCAAGAAGCUUUUGGAAGAUCGUGGUGUUGAUUUGAAGAAGUUUGACUUUUUUGUCGAGUUGAUGAGACGAUUUUGUCUUCUUUGUGAGAGAAAAGCAGCCAAACCAGGAAACCGUUCUUUCUUUGUCCCACUUCGACUGGCACUUGAACCAUCGUCCGAUGACCAUGGGCGGGUCGACAAUUAUGGUGAACGUGCUAUUAGCAUUUACCAUGACUUCUGUGGAUACCUUCCAGACGAGUUGUUUCCACAGCUGGUUACAGAGUUUAUCGACAGGUUUCAAGACGAAGAAGGAAAUGAACAACCAAAGCUGGCACGUGAUCAUGCAGAACUUUACUUCGAUCAACAUCAUCGUGUAAUAAUGUCUGCAAUUACUUUUGGACUAAACCGACUCCUGAGGACAACUAUUCUUAGAAGGGAGCGAGACGACGGAGCACAGGAAGACCUCGAACCAUUACCAGAAGCCUGCAAAACGGUUUUGGAGUUUCUUGAGGAGUCAUUCAAGGUCUCCCAACAAGGUGGCAGGAGGGGGUUUCAAUUCCAACGAUGUAUACCUUGCAGCAUAUGCAGCAAGCACUCACCAAAGAAACACAUACGAUGGUUGGGGAAUUUUGAGAAGGCAUGGCUUCCAUGCAAAGACAAAACAAUGAGUGUCAUACGUUAUAAACGACUAUUUGCAGGUAUUGUAGAUUCAGAUGAACAACUGCCAGAAGAGUCAUAUGCUGAAGGUACUGUAGAUUCAGAUGAACAGCUCCCAGAAGAGUCAUAUGCUGAAGGUUCUGGAUUAGAGGAUUUAGAUUUUAGAGGGAUGCUAAUGCAUGUCUCAAAUGACAUUGGUGAUGACCUCAACAAAUGGAAAGUAGCCCUCAGCGAUCAUAUUAAUCCUCGUACUUUACAGAAGGCGCCUGAUGCGAUUCCGCUCUUCGAAUCGCUGAUUGAGAAGGCAGAUAUUAAGAAUGGUGAUAUAAGGAUCCUACAAGAGACCAUUAAGAUGACAGGUUCACUUCAUUUGAGGAAGCACAUUCAGAAUUUUCCAUCCCUCGACAAUAUCGUGAUUACUCACUUCACACCAUUUAGGCAAUCUGUGAUGGCAUUUGGAAAACAACUUACUGUUGAUGACAAUAGGAAAAUUGUCUCUUUUUACGGGCUUCGUCGUCAGUACAGUGAUGGAUGGUCACUGAUAAUGGACUUGGAACAAAAACUAAUACUUGAUGAUAACUCAUUAGGUGAUUUCAAACAUAAAUUAAAUAAUAAUGGACUGGAAAGACUUAGCAAUUGUCUAUAACACUAGGCUAAAACACAACAAUCAUGCUUAGAAAGUGCAUCAAAACGUACUACAAUAUAUUUUGUUGUGAAUUCAAGAUUCCAUUGGUAAUGAUGGUCUCUGGUGAACAUUGAUUUUUCAUUUAAUAAUGUAUACUUCUAUAUUGUUUGUGACAAAAACAUUAAGAAUAUUUUCUUCUAUUACGGGUUUUCGUCAGUACAUUGAUGGAUAGUCACUGAUAAUGGACUUAAAACAAUAAGAUAAACUGAAGAAAAGGUCAUUAACAAAGAUACUAGAAAUACAAAGUAGAACACUCGCAUAGCAUAAUGAGACGGAAUUUGGUUCAGACGUACGCAGCGCCCUUCUCUUUUUAUAAUGCAAGUUUUCUAUACUUGGCCAGACGUAUAGGGCACCCUUUCGUUGCUAGGUACAGAGCCAUAUAUG